CACAUUCCUUCUCUCCCAGGCACACGCCCUUUGCUCAAGAAGAAAAAAAAGUUUGCUGCAGUGAAACAUAUCUGCGCCUGUUUAAUCUAGCGUGAAACUGUUGAGGAAGAUCUCCAAGAGAGAAGGAGCAUUUUAGAUUACACAUCCCUGCACUACAGACAUGGAGUCAGCCAUCAAGACCAUGGUGACCACUUUUCUUAGCUCUACGAAGGGGAAGGAAAGCCUGGACAGCCAAUCCUUCCAGAAAAUGAUACAGAAUAACCUUAGCGGCAUGAUGGAGGAUACCGACAGCAAGUCUGCCAUUAAAGACAUGCAGCAGGGAUUGGACGACAACAGUGAUGGAAAGGUCAGCUUCCAGGAAUACCUCAAUCUGAUUGGCUACUUGGCCAACUCCCUGAGUCAGAAGAAGUGCGAGCAAAACUCAGAUUCAUAGAAGGAGCCUCCAUCCAGCCAACGUGUUCUCCUCUGUUGUUUUGAUUAAGCAUCUCAACUCUGUUGCACUGCUCUGAGCUGUUCAAAUACACCAACAAAACAUGUUUUUUUAAAUAAACGUCUUCAACUGAA